AUGGAAGAAACUAAAUUACCUGUACAAAAAUAUGGUAAGGUACCCAGUUCGUAUACUACCCCCUUGAAAGAUAGGAAUAUUAUAUUACAGAAGGCAGAUCAAUCGUGGAAUCUUCAGCAAUAUGGUAAUACAACUGGUUUACAUAUCACUCCCUCAAAAGAUAAAAACAUAAUGUUGCAGAAGGCAGAUCAAUCGUGGAAUCUCCAGCAAGAUGCUAAUACAAAUGGUUUACAUACUACUCCCUCAAAAGACAGAAACAUAAUGUUGCAGAAGUCUGAUCAAUCAUGGAAUCUCCAGCAAGAUGCUAGUGGGUCGAGACACGUUUUAUUCGAUAUGUAUAUGGUUUUGGCUACUAAGAGAAUGUUUCAAGCUGAAACUGCGUUUGGUCAAAAUAAAAAUUCUCGAUUAACUAAACCAGGAGGAGCUUUACUCAUACCUAUAUCAGCUAUACACUCUAAAGAACAAAAGGGAGAUCAACGAUUAGUUUUGCCAUCUGGUUUUGAAGAAUCUAUUUCUAAAAAUAGCAGAGAACUUAUUUUUUUUUCGAAUCCUUAUCCAAUAAGUGAAAUACAGCGUGAAGAGCAACAAAGACACCUAUCGCUACAAGACCUAACUUCCCAUACUGGAACAUUCCGGAGACCAAUCCUUACUUCAGAUCCCUAUCCAAUAAGCGAGAUGCAACAUGAAGAGCAGGAGAGACAUUUAACAUUGCAGGAUAUAACAUUUCACACUGAAGCAUUUCGAAGACCAAUUCCCACUUCAGACUCCUAUCCAAUAAGCGAGAUGCAACGCGAAGAACAGGAAAGACAUUUAUUAUUGCAGGAUAUAACAUCUCAUGCUAAAGCAUUUCGAAGACCAAUUCCCACUUCAGACACCUACCCAAUAAGCGAGAUAACACUUCGGAAACCAAUUCUACCAGAUGAUCUGGAAUUUCUUUAUUGGCAACAGCAAGAAGAGCAAAAUCGAGACAUAGCUUCUUCUUCACAAGAAUCGCAUCUGACUAAAGGGGUAUUACCAGCUAUAUAUCCAGAAAAAGCGGUACAGAGUAGUCUAAUUACUAAUACAUUUCCUAAUGCACAUUUAGCAAAUGUCGUUGGGAUAAUUCGAUCACUUCGAACUGGAGAUGAUAUUCAUAUCGACGAUACAACAGUUUUGGGAAAUUCAGCAGAAACUGUCUUCAGAUCUAAUGAAUCUGGAGUUCAUAGCACUGCACCUACUGGACCUAAAACUUUACGUGCACAUCAAGAAAGCGAUUCUAUGAACUUGCAUGAUGGAUUGGUUAAUACUUUUUAG